CAACACCGAAAAAGUUGCAAGCUUAUUGGAAUGACCAUUUGACGGGGCAUUGAGGUGCCACGUCCUCUAGCCACACAGCGAAUCCGUUCUUACCGUGGAAGCUCCAUGCAACCCACAAUCUCCAGUACAUCAGCACAGAGGCUCCUGGACACUUAUGCUGAUCACCACGUCUCCCCGCGAUAUUUUGCCCUGGCUAUUGUGGCGAUUACGUUGCAAACGCUGGCCGAUAUUCGAGUCGUCUUACUCGGAUGCCCAUACAUCAACCGCCCCAAUGAAGCAGGCGCAGACACGAUCGGGCUUCAUCUUGAACCGCUUCCUCUUCGCUUCACCUUGCCAAAUUCUUCAGAACCAACACGGAUAGUUGAACGUCUGCUGCAGGCAGUGGGGACGACGGCUCAGGCUGCUGUCGCGCACGCGGUCCCGUGGCAUGCGUUGUUGGCCCUGUUGGGACUCCCGUUUCCCUCCGGCCACGAGGCCCUGUUUGACUACGCCGUCACCUUUUGGGAAUACCGGGGUGUGAAGGAUAGCCAGCGGCUCCCAGACACUGAGGGACUGGUGCCGCUCCCAGUAUCUCCCAACGGCGCCAUCUUUGCCCUCCUGUUCGAGUGGCGCUUCACCGACGACGAGCAGGGUGUGUCGCUGCGGCUCGGGUAUGACACGGAUCUCCUCUCCCCUGCUUUGAUGAAUGAGCUGAGUCGGGUGCUAUGCGUUGCUCUGGAUAACAUGCUUGAUCUUGAGAAGCAGACGCGGUUGCGACACGUGCUACGACAAGCCCUAGAUGACGCUUGUCUGCGCGCGGGGUUGAAGCCUCUCUCUGUGCGAGAGUUGGCGCGCAAAAAUUUGAUCGAGACUGUUUCCGGCGAUGUCUGA